CUGUCUGUGUUUCCUAUCUUUGCUUUAAGAAACGUGGCCUUAGCCGCAAAAGAAGAGGGGGGAAACAGAGAAGCUCGUCCAUGAAUGACAAGCUUUCGUCUCCUCUUCUUCCUCCAUCUAUAGACCUGCUUCCUGCAAACCUUCAGCGCCACCCGAGGUCCUUCGAAGACCCUCCACCCCCGAAGAGCUAUGUCUGAGGCGGAACAAGCCCCGGCUUCGGCCCCGCAGGCCGCCGCCGCCGCGCUCCUGGACGCACUGAACACCACCGACUCCAGCGGGAUGGACGCUGUCAACGCGUCGGCCAAGUUUGUGCCCACCCCAGAGGGCACCGCGCUGGCAUAUGGCAGCCUGGUGCUCAUGGCGCUGGUGCCCAUCUUCUUCGGAGCCCUACGCUCAGUGGCCUGCUCGAAGUCUAAGGAGCUCGGAGACAAAGGGUACGAGUCAGGCUACAGAAACGCAUCGGACAUGCCAGAGACCAUCACCAGCCGAGAUGCUGCCCGGUUCCCCAUCAUCGCCAGCUGUACUCUCUUUGGACUCUACCUCUUCUUCAAGGUGUUUUCUCAAGAGUACAUCAACUUGCUCCUGUCCGUCUACUUCUUCAUGCUUGGUGUGCUUGCACUGUCUCAUACUAUGAGUCCUCUGCUGUCCAGAAUCUUUCCAGCGUCUCUGCCAAUCAAACAGUACCAGCUGCUCUUCACGCAGGGCACUGGCGAGGCCAAAGAAGAUAUCAUCAACUAUGAGUUCGACACCAACAACCUGGUGUGUCUGAUAGCCAGCAGCGUGGUGGGUGUCUGGUACUUGCUAAAAAAGCACUGGAUCGCUAACAACCUCUUUGGGCUGGCUUUCGCACUCAAUGGGGUGGAACUUCUCCACCUGAACAACGUCAGCACAGGCUGCAUUCUGCUGGGGGGGCUGUUUGUGUAUGACGUCUUCUGGGUGUUUGGUACCAAUGUCAUGGUAACCGUGGCCAAGUCCUUUGAGGCGCCAAUCAAAUUGAUCUUUCCUCAGGACCUGUUGGAGAAAGGUAUGGACGCUAGCAACUUUGCCAUGCUGGGUCUCGGCGAUAUUGUUAUCCCGGGAAUAUUCAUCGCACUUCUUUUGCGUUUUGACGUCAGCCUGAAUAAGAACAGCAGGACGUACUUCUACUCCAGCUUCCUGGCCUACAUCUUUGGACUGGGCCUCACCAUCUUCGUCAUGCACACUUUCAAACACGCACAGCCCGCUCUGCUGUACCUGGUCCCCGCUUGUGUCGGCUUCCCCGUGGUGGUGGCGCUCUUCAAAGGGGAACUCACUGAGAUGUUCAGGUACGAGGAGUCCUCUGCAGAGGAGGCACUAGCCAAAGGCGACUCAUCAGAAUCAGAAAAGAAGGACCAAUAACAUUCAAAGACCACCAUACCCCUCAAAAUACCCUCAUCAGCUUGCCAUUUCUCAUCCAGCCGCUUCCUCAUGCACUUCCCGUCACUUGUCAUUCUGCAAUUCAAUUGGUGGACUGUCUGCAGAGGUGGGCGGGAGUGUAGGAAUUACCCCCUCCUCCAAUAAGCUGUAAAAAGAGCAGAAGGAGGCGGGGCCUCCACAUAUAGGAACUGAUCACAUGAUGGAGAGGGAGAAUUUUUUUUUUUUUAUAUAAACUUAAGUUUAAAGAUUAAUUCACUCAACUCAAAUAAAAAAAGGGUUGUUUCCAAAUGGUUUGAUUAGGUUCUUCAGUCAAAUGGAGCAUUUUUGUCUUUUAUUCGGUUUAUUAGUAUGUUAUGACAUGUGAUGUGCCUUUUCACUCAUAGCAAGCCAAGCACUCUUUUUUUUUUUUUUUUUUUUUUUUUUUUUUUUUUAAUUCAGCCCAAACUGAACUCUUUUCUUAAAGGGGACCUAUUAUGCUCAUUUCUUGACCUUCUGUAUUGAGUUGCUUCCUGCCAAAAUGGUCUGUUUUAAUUUAUUCCACCCACGUCCCACCUUCAGGGUUUAGGAGCUUUAGGAGUUGAUAAUAAAUGAAUAAAGAGCGAAUGCAAUGUUUUGCAACGCCCUCUGAAACAGAGCAUUUUGACCUAUCCCAAACGUCUUUCAGGGCUCACUUCCAAAUACGCAAACCUCAUUAUCUGAAACUUUGGCAUCGUUUAACACAAUUCAACAUUGUAACUACAUUCAGAAAGGCGUCGGGAGCAUAAAAGGUCCCCUUUAAAGCUGGAAUGAACAGAUUGGCUUCAAAAGGGCUCCAGCAGGAAGCAUUAAAAUAAUCCUCAUAAUGCAUUUAAAGUCCUAUCACACCCCCUGUCACACCUCAUCCAACUUUCAGGAUAUUUUUUUUAUCAGGUUUAUUCCAAUAAAAGGUACACUUAAGAAGGCACAAUGGGAAUUUCAUAAUAAAAGCUCAUCUUCUGAGAAUUUUCUUUUAAGCCUUUGGGUUAUUUCACAGUAUUUUUGCAAGCAGUUAUUGUUUUGAAUAUUGCCUGUAGAAAAUCUGUUUUCCAUGACUUGACUUGACUUGUUUGUCGCGUUGUCAUGCUUGAUGUUGGUGUUUUUGUUUUGUUUUCUAUCUUGUUACAGGAAAAAAAAAAAGGCCACAACAAUAAGUGUCAUGCUUUCAGUGAAGUUUAGUCAGUUUAAUUGACAUGAAUUGCUUUUUGUUUGUUUUAGGAGGUAGUUUAAAAACUGGACUAUAUUUUAUUUCAAAUAAACAUGUUUUGCUGACUGUA